AUGAUAUGGUUCCUGCAAAUAGCACAGUUAUCGACCACGAUAUCUGCAUCGGGAAUUAGGAUAAAUCGAGCAAAAAACACGAAUCAGAGAGCUAAAAGUUGCGAUUUCAACACGAUACCCCAAGCCCACAGAGCGACGGCAUUCCACUUCUUGAUCUCGAAUCGCUUCGCUUUCUUGGCCGACGACGAGGACGACGGGUUGGUGUUGGAGGUCCCGGCGCCUGAGGAUCCUUCGCCGGCCGGGACCAUGUUCACGUCGGAGUCGAGUGACGCCAUCUUCGCUUCGGGUUGGGUACGGCACUGGUUCUUGGAAGUGUUGUCGAUUUCAAUUAGAAAAUGGUGCUCAGAAGUUGGGAUGAGAAUUGGAUUCUGGAGUAAAAAAUGCCGAAGGACCCUUUCCACACGCGCCUCGAGCCUGGAUUCGAGACCCGACGAGGCCCAGCUCGCGCCCUGGCGACCAGGCGCUCGCGGGCGAACCCCCACUUGCGCCCUGGUGACCGCGCGCUCGCGGGUGACCCCUAGUCAAGACCUUCGCGUGAAACCCGUCCUACAACCCAGUGCUUGCGAGCUCGGGAAAUCGCCUGGACCAGCACGCGCCUGGCAGUCCUUCUGCGCCAAUGCACCCGCGACCCCUCGAGCCCAGCUUGCGCUCGAGCUGCCAUUCGCAUGA